AUGCGAAGGGGACGACGCCGAAUUCAUGACGACGGCCGCAGACGCCGGCAAUACCAACGGCAGACGUACACUGUCGAGCUCAAGAUUCAAGUCAUCCAGCACUUUGAGGCUUCAGGCAGCAUGAGGGCAACUCUGGACCGGUUCUUCGACGGCAUGAGCGAGGCAAAGCGGACCAACAAAGCAAAGCUAGUCUACAAGUGGCUUGGCAUGCGGUGUGCCCUUGAAGAGCGCGCGCAAAUUGACCGGUUGGCGUCCCAAUUCCGUGGUCGUGCUUCCGGGAUGGGCUUGACCCUUCCUAGCGAGGUUGAGCAGCGUAUCGUCAAGUGGGUCAAUGACUUCCGGUGUGAAGGGCUCCCGAUUUCAGCUCUCAUGCUGAAGCUGCAGGCGUUGGAGAUAGCACAAGCUGCUGGUAUCCCACCGGACCAUUUUGCGGCAUCGUGGAAAUGGCGCCGAGGGUUCACGCGUCGCCAUAGGCUCUCGUUCCGCGCUCGAACCCAUUUUGGCCAGGAGACGCCUCCUGCGGCAGCGUUACGUGCUGCUGCUUUUGCUAGAGAGACAGGCAUUUUCUUUGAGAUGCUGCCGCGAACGACGCUCGCGCCAACGGGCUCUAGAACGGUCUGGGUGAAGAGCUGCAAGAAAGACAAAGAGCGCAUUACCGCCAUGGUUUUGUGCGACUCAGAAGGCAACAGGUACACCCCGUUCCUCAUGUUGAAGUCGAAGCCGUCGAAGGUGCCGGAGGUGCACGCUGAAAACGCGCUGCUGCAGAAGGUGCCUCCCGGACUUACGUGGCUAAGCCAGACCGCGGAUGCUGUUUGGAUCAAGUCUCUCAAGGACCGCUUGCGUGCCGCCUGGGUAACGUUUCUGCGAGACCAACUAAAGCUCUACACCGCGAGCAACAGCACCGAGAAGUUCACAAUGUCAGCGCCUCAGCGCUCGACUAUCGUGAAAUGGGUGGUGUCCGCAUGGGAAGCGCUUUCCGCAACUACCAUAUCGGCGGUCUUUAGAAAGUGCGGUCUAACGGGAGCUGGGGACGAUCCUUCUAGCUACGAGCUAGAAGACGACGAGGAGGCGCUGGCUUCUAUCAACGAAGUCACCAGUCAACUUGAGCAGCUACAAGCAUUUGAACUUGUCGUUAAAGCCGACAUUGUUGAGAGUGCUGUUGUCUAG